AUGAUUGAAUAUACGAUUAUACGAGGUAUAUGUAAAAUCUUAUCAAAACAACAAUCAGAAAACGAUAUAACUGUAGGAGAUUUUGAGCAAAGAUUAUGGUUAAAACUGAAUGAUAAAACAAUCUACGGAAAAAAAUUAAUUCGUAAAAUCUUCGAGAAUGAGAAAUUAUUUGAACAUUAUUUUCAUGAUUUAUUGUGUUCUUUUCUCAAUGAAAAUAAUAUUCGACUGACGAGUAAUUUUGUAUUUAAAAUAAUUUGUACUAAUCCAACUCGUUCAAACAAAACACGUUUUCAAUCAUUAUUGACAAAUUGGGAAGAAAUUAUUCAAAUAUUUCAAAUUUUCGAACUCGGAACUUCUUUAAUUCAUGAAGAUUCUUUAUUAAAAACUUGUACGAGACAAUUUAUUAGAAUUGAUGAUCAAUAUCAUGUUAAUGCAAACAAUAAGAAUGAUUUAUAUACAUUAAUACUUACUAAAGAAGGUUUUGCUCAACUCGAGCCUGGUAACGAUGAACGACAUUUAAAAAAUAGCUUAAAUGAUAAUCGAGAUCUAUUUAUUGAAAAUAGUCUUAUGAAUCUUCUUAAAAAACUUCAGAAACCAAAAUAUGUACGAAAUGUUGAAUCUCCUAAGCAAUUAAUAACUAAAUAUGAUCUUAUUUAUCAUGGUAUUCGAGCAUUGAAAAACUAUGUAGUCGAUAAUCUAGACAAAUUUAGUUCACACAUAAGUCUAAUUCGAUCAAUAACUACUAUUUUCGAUAAUCAAUUCGCUGCCAAGAUUAUCAAACAGAUAUAUGUCAACGAUGAUGCCGCUAAUUUUGAUUCAUGUAAUUCAAUUCAUGGAUUCAUUGAAAGAUUAACAAAAAUUAUAGAAACAACAGAAGAUCAUGUAAAAGCAGACAAAGCUACUAUUCAACGUACAAUUCUCAAACUUGAGAGUGAGUUAUUAAAAAAUUGGUUGAUCGAUCAUGGUAAUCAAUAUGGUGAUGUUCUUACAGUGAUUAACCAUAAUGAUACUGAUCUAUGGCGAUAUUCGGCUAAGAUCUUCUUAUAUAUUAAUAGACGUCUGGAUUUGAUGGAAAACAUAGAGAAUUAUCAUGGUCAGAUAUCAGUAGAGAAUGGAAAAUUCAAAAAACUUGAGAAAUUUUUUACAAAAUUGUCUGAUCAAUCAUCUAAAAUUCAAUUACUCUUAGUCAAUCAUCUUCAUACAAAUUUAAUUCUACCGAUAAAUGAAAAUGAUUUCGAAAACAUCCUCAGAAAAGAUUACGGAUUCUUUGAAAGAAAUAUGCAUGAGAUGAAUGAGCAUCUUGAAAAUAAACGACAUCAUGUUCGAUUGAUAGGUCUAAUUACAUGGCUUAAAUAUUAUGCACAAAUAUAUGCAUUCGUUCUUCAUAAUGAUUCACAUGAAGAUGUUAUGUCGAAUAUUGAUCGGUUUUUAGCUCGAGAUGAGAGUGUAUUUGGUGCUACAUUUAAAUUAUUUAUUCUCAAACAACUUGUACAUAUGUCGAAGAAUGUAACAUUAACAGAUGUACGAGACUUAUUUAUUCAUCGUAAUGUUGUUUGGUUACGACCAUUAAUAACACGUGUUGAACCAAUGGCUACAAAUCGUGAUCUUGUUCUACCAUUGCCUUUAUUUGAAGGACAUAAUGAAUAUUUAAUUGUCAAUGAAAUUCUAAAUAAUUUUGGUAAUAUCGAUGAAGUUCGAACUCUAAUUAAAAAAUGUCGAACUAAUCAACAAUUGGCAUAUGGAUUUUACUUAUGGUCUAUUCAAUACUAUUGUCGUUAUCUUACACCAAACAUACAGCAAGAUCAACGAUUCGUAUAA